GUUUACCUCAAACGUGCUCAAUUAAAUAAAUAACAAACCCUAACCACUUUUCAUUACAUAGAUUAUAUCUAAAUCAGAGUAUAUAAAAAGAACGCAAAUUUUCCGUCACAUAAUAUAGGCGCAGUUUUGAAAAAGUUACUUGUGUGAUAAAAUAAAUAAAAAAUUAAACUAUAAAUAUGUCGUUCCAAGUUACCAUGGUUACGGUUUUAUUUUUAAUGGUGGCUGUUAAUUGUACACAACAAACAGAUGAAUACGAUGAUACGUCAAUCAAGGCAUAUGUCAAUAAAUUGAAGCAAAUAAAUGCAGAAUAUUUUGCUAGACUACGUCGCAAUGCAAGGGAUGAAUAUGUUGUAGUAUCGAAUAGAGGGUCCAAUAAUAAUCAUGGCAAUAGAGGGUAUCCAAACAGAGACUCAGGAUCCACCGUAAUUAUUCUGCCAGAACAAAAUUACGACACCAAAUACACGGAAACUACUUAUCACCAAGGAUAAUGUGGAACUACAAAGUUUUCUUUUUAAUUUUUCUUAAUUUUUACUAUAGUUAACAUAUAGAAUUAUAGAUGUUUGUGUGUAAAAUAAUUAAUAAACAAAUAUAUUAAU